CGCGCCGGCCUCUCCCCGGAGCUGGCUGGCGGGGCGGCGAGCCGGGCGGCCCGUAGCCCGAGUGGGAUGCGGUUGACUCGGAGGCGGCUGUGCUCGCUGCUCUUCGCCCUGUACUGCCUCUUCUCCCUCUACGCCGCCUACCGCGUCUUCUUCGGACGCCGUCUGCCGCCCUCCACCUCCCCGGGCCUGCGCAGAGGGGCCGGCCCGGCGCGGGAGCGGCGCGGCCGAGACCAGUCUUCUUUGGAAAGUGAAGAAUGGAAUCCCUGGGAAGGAGAUGAAAAAAAUGAAGAGCAACAGAGGAUUAAAACAAGCCUACAGAUACUAAAUAAAUCCACAAAAGAACAUGCAGACCACAGUGUACAAUUCUGGGGCAAAGCUGCUGUUGGUUUGUAUCUCUGGGAGCAUAUUUUUGAAGGCAUACUGGAUCCCCCUGAUGUGAGUGCUCAGUGGAGAGAAGGAAAGUCAGUUGUAGGAAGAACACAAUACAGCUUCAUCACUGGUCCUGCUGUAGUCCCAGGGCACUUCUCCAUUGAAGUGAAUAACGUGGUACUUGUUUUAAAUGGAAGAGAAAAAUCAAAGAUCUCUUAUGCCACCCAGUGGUUACUUUAUGCACAGAAUUUGGUGCAAACUCAAAAACUCCAACAUCUGGCUGUUGUUUUGCUUGGAAAUGAACAUUGUGAUAAUGACUGGAUAACCCGAUUCCUCAAAAGAAAUGGAGGAUUUGUGGAACUGCUUUUUAUAAUAUAUGACAGCCCCUGGGUUAAUGAUGUGGAUGUUUUUCAGUGGCCUUUAGGAGUAGCAACAUAUAGGAAUUUUCCUGUUGUGGAAGCCACUUGGUCAAUGUUAUAUGACGAGAGGCCCUACGCAUGUAAUUUCUUAGGAACUGUUUAUAAAAAUUCAUCCAGACAGACACUGAUGAAUGUUUUGAAACAAUAUGGAAAUGAUAAGCUUUGUUGGGUGUCUGCAAGAGAACAGUGGCAGCCUCAGGAAACAAAUGAGAGUCUCAACAAUUAUCAAGAUGCAUUGCUGCAGAGUGACCUCACAUUGUGCCCUGCAGGAGUGAACACGGAAUGUUAUAGAAUCUAUGAGGCUUGCUCCUUCGGCUCCAUUCCUGUGGUAGAAGAUGUGAUGACGGUUGGUAGAUGUGGAAAUGCAUCCGUUCACCACCGUGCUCCCCUUCAUUUACUCAAGUCCAUGGGUGCUCCUUUUAUCUUCAUUAAGAAAUGGACAGAACUUCCUUCUAUUUUAGAAAAGGAGAAAAUUACAAGUUUACAGGAAAAGAUUCAAAGAAGAAAAAUGUUACUCCAGUGGUAUCAGCACUUUAAAACAGAGCUAAAAGUAAAAUUUACUAAUAUUUUAGAAACCUCAUUUUUAAUAAAUAAUAAAGGCUAACUUAUUAUUCUAAACUAUGA